AUGCUUGCUCAAGGACAUCCGCCACCAACACCACCAACACCACCAUCACAGCCACCAACACCAACACCAACACCAACACCACCAACACCACCAACACCAUCACAGCCACCAACACCACCAACACCACCAACACUAUCACAGCCACCAACACCACCAACACCACCAACACCACCAACACCACCAACACCACAACCCACCAACACCAUCAACACUAUCACAGCCACCAACACCGCCAACAUUAUCACACCACCCCCAUCACACACCAACACACAACACAUCACACUCACCACCCAUCCAACCACCAACACCAACAACAUCACCAAACCACAUCACAGCCACCAACACCACCACUAUUCACCCCCAACACCCACAACCCCAUCACCACACCACCACACAGCCACCAACACCACAACACCUAUCAAACACCACACCACCAACUAUCACAGCCACCCACCCCACACCAACUACCAAUCACAACAACACACAAUAUCACAGCCCACCACACCACCAACACAUCAACACCACCAACACCAAAUUACACCACCAACACCAUCACCUACACACUCACCCACCACUAUCACAGCCACCAACACCAACACUAUCACAGCCACCAACACCACCAACAUUAUCAACACCACCAACACCAUCAACACCACCAACACCAACACCAACACCAACACCAUCAACACUAUCACAGCUACCAACACCACCAACACCAACACCAACACCAACACCAUCAACACUAUCACAGCUACCAACACCACCAACAUUAUCACAGCCACCAACACCAUCAACACUAUCACAGCUACCAACACCACCAACAUUAUCACAGCCACCAACACCACCAACACUAUCACAGCUACCAACACCACCAACAUUAUCACAGCCACCAACACCAUCAACACUAUCACAGCUACCAACACCACCAACACCAACACCAACACCACCAACACUAUCACAGCUACCAACACCACCAACACCAACACCAACACCAACAUCAUCAACACUAUCACACCACCAACACCACCAACAUUAUCACACCACCAACACCACAACACAUCACACCUACCAACACCACCAACAUAUCACAACCACCAACACACACCAACAACUAUCACACCACCAACACCACCAACAUUAUCACAGCCACCAACACCAUCAACACUAUCACAGCAUACCCACAACACACCCAACACUUAUAAAAACCCCAGCCACCACCCCACACAUCAACACCUCAACACCACACACCACACAACCACCAAACACCUAAUCCACAAUCAACACACACACCACCACCACAUCAACCACUACAUCACACCACACACAGCCACAACACCCACCACAAACACCAUCACACCACCACACCAUCACACCAUCACACCACCACACCACCACACCACCAAACACAUCAACAACCACCAACCAACAACCAGCAACACCAAACAACACCACAACUCACACCACCCCAAAACCACCACAUUCCCACCCACAAACCCCAACACUCAAACCAUCAAACCACACCACCAUCACAUCACCAUACCAACCCACCAACACCAUCAACACCACCAACACACCACAUCACAGCUACCACACACCCAACAUAUCCUCACAGCACCAACACACCCACCAUCACACUCUGACACAGCCACCACCUCACAACACCACCACCCCACACCCAUCACACCACCAACACACCACAGCACCCACCAUCACCCACCAAACCACCGCAUCAACACCACCAACCACACCACCCCACACCACCAACACCACCAACCCACACACCACCCAACACAUCACAGCCCAAGACCACCACACCAUAAUACCACCACACCACCAACACCACACAGUACUUCAUCCACCACAAACACCAUCACCCCACAGAUCACACCACCAACACCAACCCCAACCCAACACCACCAACCAACACCACCAACACUAUCACAGCUACCAACACCACCACUUACAACACCAACACCACCAACACUAUCACAGCUACCAACACCACCAACAUUAUCACAGCCACCAACACCAUCAACAUUAUCACAGCCACCAACACCACCAACACCAACACCACCACCAACACCACCACCAACACCACCACAGCCACCAACACCACCAACACCACCAACACCACCAACACCAUCAACACCACCAACACUAUCACAGCCACCAACACCACCAACACCACCACAGCCACCAACCCCACCAACACCACAACCUUCAUCAACACCACCAACACCACCAACACCACCACAGCAAUCAAUACAACAGACAUCAGAUAGGGUCUUCCAGAUCUUGUCCAAUAUCUCUUUGCAAAAUAAGGAGAUCAUCUAA